AUGACCAUCGCCUGCACUUCGGCGGUGGUGGUGGAGUCGUACGAAGAGCCGGCUUUCGGGACGAGCAGUGCGCUGGAUGCACCGCGACCUAGGGCAAGGAGGAGGAGACAUUCAUCCUACCACCCGAUGCCUUUCGGGAUCGAACCGGAUAACGUUCAGGUUCUAAUCGAUCGCUUCCUCGCCGAACUCAGCCGGCGUCUCGACUUAUUGGAAUGCUACGGGCAAUUGCAGCUGGAUUCCUCCAUUGAACGCGCAUAUUCGACCCUAGUCACGGUCCGCGAUGCAUGCACGGCGACAAUGGACGACUCCCGUCGGCAAGCUCGCAUCCUGGUGGAGACCCUGGAGUCCACCUACCAUGAACGAUAUAAUGAAGCGCUCGCCACCAAGGAGACUCUCGAGGCCAAAGCGCAGGAAGGGGUCCACCUGCUAGAAGGACUACUUGCUGAGUUCGAAUCGCGAGCAUAUGCGGUCCGGAACGCCGGAUUUUCCAUGGUCAACCAGGACCGCGUCGGGGAAGCAUGGCGGCACGUCGAUUCCACGAUGCAGUCGGCUCGGGAGACCGUCGACGAGGGCAUUGCCAAAGCGUGGCGUGCGAAGGAGCACCUGCAGGGGAGCAUCGAGGCGGCCGUCGAACGAGCCCUCACUCUGGCCCGCAGCCACGGUCACAUCACUUACAGCGACUUGCCAGAACCAUGGCGAGUCAACCCGCACAUUCAUGGGGGCUACCGCUUCCACAGCAAGGUGCUGGAAUGCGUACGGUCCACCCUCUCCUUCCACAACGAGCUGGUGAAUAUCUGGUCCCACUUCAUUGGGUUCUUCCUCGUGGCGACCGUGGCACUCUAUUUCUAUCCCCUAUCCAAGGCAUUCCCGCACUCGACCUGGAGCGACGUCGCCGUCGCCUCCAUGUUCUUCCUCGCCGCCACCAAGUGCCUGAUCUGCAGCACCAUCUACCACACCUUUAACUGCAUCAGCUCCCACAAGCUGCUCGCCCGCUUCGCCUGCGUCGACUACACCGGCAUCUCCCUCCUCGUCGCCGCCUCCAUCCUGACCAGCGAGUACACCGCCUUCUACUGCGAGCCCGUCGCCCGCUGGUCGUACAUGCUCUCCACCGCCGUCCUCGGCCUCGCCGGAACCAUCCUCCCCUGGCACCCGACCUUUAACCGCAACGAGCUGGCUUGGGUGCGCGUCCUCUUCUACUCCUCCCUGGCCUGCACAGGGUUUUUUCCCGCCAUCCACAUCGCCCUCACCCGCGGCGCCAGGUGGGCGCUGUAUUUCUACGGGCCGUUGUCCACCAGCCUGGCCGCGUACCUGGCGGGAGCGAUCUUGUACGCGGCGAAGAUCCCGGAGCGAUUCUGGCCGGGCACGUUCGAUUACCUUGGCGCCAGUCAUAAUAUUUGGCAUAUCGCUGUGGUGUGCGGCAUCAUGGCUCACUACGCGGCCAUGGUGGGGUUUUUCGAAAAGGCAUUUCAACGGGUGCAAGAUGGGACCUGCUCAAGUUUCUGA